AUGUCGUUAUUAUCAAUCAGACGAAUUGAUUUAUCACGCGACGGUCUUGAUCUGUUUCUACAGAAAACACAGCUUGGAUGGACAAUCGCUGGCGGAACGACAAAAGCCAUAAAUGGCAAUCAAGGGUUUUGUCAAUUAACUGAAUUAAGAAGACAAAUUGAAAAAUUUUGGCUACUCGACGACGCGAACGCUUGUCAAAUCAAAACGAUAGAAAAUAACGAAUGCGAAAUGCACUUCGUGAAAAAUGUUACACGCGAUAGUUCAGGACGCUACACGGUUCGUCUGCCAUUUCGUAUACAAAAUCCCGAAAUUGGAAAUUCUCGAUCAAUAGCGUUGCGACGUUUCGUCGAAAUACAAAGAAGACUCGAUUCUGAUCCAGAACUCAAACGCGAUUAUUAUCGAGUCAUGAACGAAUACAUCAAAUUAGGUCAUAUAUCGCAAGUUACCGACGAGUCUCUCAGCGGUUAUUAUCUUCCGCAUCAUGCAGUCAUAAAGGCCACAAGCGCAACUACAAAAACGCGAGUAGUUUUCGACGCCUCCGCGAAAUCGAGUAAAGGUAUUUCCUUAAACGAUACUUUGAUGGUCGGUCCGACCAUUCAAUUAAAAUUAUUCAAACAUCUCGUGCGUUUUCGUACGUUCAAAUACGUAUUGACGGCCGAUAUAGCUAAGAUGUAUCAACAAGUUUGA